GCCGCCGAGGACCCGGGCGCCGGCCGGGAAGCGCGGCGCCGCUCGCCAUGGCCGCGGCGGGGUGAGCCAGGCUCGGUGGCUCAGUCGCGCGGACGCGGGCGCUCCUCCGUCGCGGACGGGCCCGCCGGGACCGGGGCGGGCGCGCGGGGAGGCCGAGGGGAAGCCGGGGCCGCCGCCGCCCAUGGCGAGGCCGCGCCGCCGCCGCCGCCGCUGCUGACCCGGGGUCGGCCGCGGCUUCCGCCCCCUUUCGCGGCGGCCGGCGGGCGGGCCUCCCCUCCACGCCCCCGCCGCCCGCGCCCCGCGCCCGGGAACUCGCAGCAAGGCGAGCGCAGCAGGAGCCGGGGGGCCCCCGAAGAUGGGGAACACUACCUCGUGCUGCGUGUCGUCCAGCCCGAAGCUGCGGAGGAAUGCUCACUCCCGGCUGGAGUCCUACCGGCCCGACACGGACCUGAGCCGCGAGGACACGGGCUGCAACCUGCAGCACAUCAGCGAUCGGGAGAACAUCGACGAUUUGAACAUGGAAUUCAAUCCUUCAGACCAUCCGCGGGCCAGCACAAUAUUCCUCAGUAAAUCUCAAACAGACGUGAGAGAAAAACGCAAGAGCCUCUUCAUUAACCAUCAUCCUCCAGGACAAAUAGCAAGGAAAUACAGCUCCUGCUCCACUAUUUUCCUAGAUGACAGCACAGUCAGUCAACCAAACCUCAAGUAUACAAUUAAAUGUGUAGCUCUCGCAAUAUAUUACCACAUCAAAAACAGGGACCCAGAUGGAAGGAUGCUCUUAGAUAUUUUUGAUGAAAACCUUCACCCUCUUUCGAAAUCCGAAGUGCCACCAGAUUAUGACAAACACAACCCAGAGCAGAAGCAGAUUUACCGGUUUGUUCGGACGCUAUUCAGUGCUGCUCAGCUGACAGCUGAAUGUGCCAUCGUCACCCUGGUGUACCUUGAAAGACUUCUAACAUACGCAGAAAUAGAUAUCUGUCCGGCCAACUGGAAGCGAAUUGUUCUUGGGGCGAUUCUGCUGGCCUCCAAGGUGUGGGACGACCAGGCUGUGUGGAAUGUGGAUUACUGCCAGAUCCUGAAAGACAUCACAGUGGAGGACAUGAAUGAGCUAGAGAGACAGUUUCUUGAAUUGCUCCAGUUUAACAUCAACGUUCCUUCCAGUGUUUAUGCCAAGUAUUAUUUUGAUCUUCGUUCUCUGGCGGAAGCAAACAACCUGAGCUUUCCCUUGGAGCCCCUGAGCAGGGAGCGGGCUCACAAGCUUGAGGCCAUCUCUCGCCUCUGCGAAGACAAGUACAAGGACCUGAGGCGGUCCACGAGGAAGCGGUCAGCAAGUGCUGACAAUCUGACUCUGCCGAGGUGGUCCCCGGCCAUCAUCUCCUAACAACGGGCAUCCCCAUGGAGGCCCACCAUCCCACACUUUCUCUUUUGGUUUGAGGAAGGGUGGACUUGGGGUGGUUUUGUUUUGUUUUUCCUUCCUUUUUGUUUUUAAUUCAUAGCUCCGUCAGGCUGCCUUGAUGACCAGCCCAUGCAAGGCUUCGAGGGAAGCGAAUCAGUGUUCCAGAAAUUCCGUGUCACGCCUUUUGCCAUCAUCACCAACAGCACUUCCUUCACAGAGGGAAGAAGACUCUUCCCCUGGAGGAGGAAAUACGGGGAGAGGGAGGGAAACACAGGCUGGAUGCAGGGGAGAUGUCCGCUGCUGGCGUAGUUAGAUGCAUCGGUAGGUGGCAGUUGGGUGCAUAAAGACCACAGCUCACCUCUGUCUGGAUCAGUAUGUUCUGUAAGACUUCUUGCAUUCCUUCUAACUGCUUUAUUGGGAUUUGGGGGAUUUUUGUUUGUUUUUAUUAUCUUUUGGGUUUGGUCCCAUGGAGCAGAGAAUAGUUUGUACCCACCACGGCCCAGACAUCCAAAUAAACAGCACUGGUUGUUUCUCUCUGCACUAUUCCUGCGAGCUGUCUCCUGAGCUUCUUCCUCACAAGUGGGAUGUGUUCGUUCCGUUUCUGUACACCCUGUUUUAUAUUGUUCUUCUCCAACAGUGGCGAAACUGACUUGACCAUAUACUGAACCAAAAGCCUCCCUGUCCCUCCUGUUCCUCACCCCAAGAAAAUUCUAGAUCACAUGGGUGCUUGUGCCUUCGAUUUUCGUGCAGUUGUUUUUUUCCCUCUGAUCUGAAAUUGUGGUUUUGUUGCGACUUGGUGGGCUGAAGCACAGUUGUGUUGCUGGGUGGAGACGUCCUAGGUGCUGGGUGUGUGCCUGGCCUCACUGGGUAGGCGUCAUUUCUCUGUGCCCCCUGCCCAACCAGUUCAUCCCUUACUUCCAUGUCUGUUGUUGCAAGCAAUAUUCUUCUCAACUUUUGUAUGUUUACUUUAAAUCAAAGUUAGUCUAUUUGUAUACAAUUUUCUAAAAACCUAAAAUUGAAAAAAAAGGUGGGGGUGGGUAUUCCAGUGGGAAGAUCAUUGAAGAGCAAAAUGUUACUCUUUAGUAAGGCAUUUUUCACAGAAUGAUUGAAUAAAAAAAACUCAACUUGCGUUUUCAUUGUGGGUGCUUAGAGAAGUCACACAAAAUUCCAACUGUGAAGGUUUAUGCAGUUUAUGCUUCAUUCAUUAUGGCCGUACCAUUUCCUCUUCUGACUAUCCCUGAUUCCUUAUGGGCUAGAUAAGCUUACCUUUUAUAUAUUAAGUAAAAUAAAAAGGUUAAUGAUAGAAUAUCAAUGAGUAAAUUUGAUAUUAAGUCUCAGAACCUGAGUCAAUGAAGCAUGUAAUGCUUUGGGUUUUUGCAUAUUUUCUUGGGUCCCAAUGACAGUGGUUUCUGAGUUGUUUCCUUUUUCAGGUCUCUGUAAGGUGAAUGCAGAAGAUUAUGUGUGUUUCACCUUCCUCCUGUGUGAGCUUGGAAAACCUGGGACUCUUAACAUUCUUUGUCUUGAGUACCCUAAGAUCGUACCCCCAGUCCCCAGACAUCUGCUCCCCUUGAAAUGUGCUUUAGGAGUGAAAGAGACUCAGAAAAUUAAAAUCGCAAGAACACCAAGUUGAAAGCGCUAUUCAGUUUUCCAUAAAAUUUGUAUCCUGUAAACGUAACUGUUUAGGCCAGAAAAUACUGUCAAGUUCUUUCUGACCUAAACUUUUAAGGGCAAACAAGCAGAAUAUGACAAGUUAAUUAUCUUCCCAUUGUAAUUGUGUUGAUAUACUCUGUAUGGGUACCAAAAUCUGCUUCUCUCCUCAAGUAAGAGUUGGAUUUAGAACUUUUAAAUAGAGAUCUAAAAGUGUAGAAAAUACCAUUUUAUAUUCCCUAAUCUAUAUCGCUUAAAAAGGGACAUAUUUUCUUAGCUGAAUAUGAAUACCUCUCAAGCAUAAAUUAGUUCCUCUCAUGUAAAGUACCUUAUUUUACCGAUCCAUUUCAGGAAAGAAGUUCUGCCUUUAAAGCAGAAAUCAUAUUUUUAUCCCUUUUAUUUGAAAAAGAGAGAUUUGAAAAUUGACUUAUGUAAAUACUUUCAAUGCAUCUGCUAUUAUUUUGUGGAGUUUAUUAAACUACUUUAAAAAAUUGUAUAGUCUAUUUAUUGUACGUAUAUACAUACAGUCUGAUAACUUUAAAGUGGAAUCCGUAAAACCUGGCUCAGUCUUGUUUAGACUAUUGAAUAUUGUUUUAGCCUUGUGCACUGGACUCUACCUCUGUAUAGGAAAAUUUUCCAUAUUCAUUAAGAAGUUUUGAUCUGUAUUGGUUAUGUUUCUUGCAUUAAGGAUUUUUACAGUCUGCUGUAAGUGUAGAUUUUAGUUUUCAGUAUGAAUCACUUGACAGAUAGAUAAAUACUUAGGUUUGUUUGACUUUAUUUUUCUACCUGAUGAUGAUGAUUUAUAUUUUGUUCUCUGGUUUGUUCUAAGUUUGCCAAAAGAAAAAAAAAACCAAACCCAACGACCACCAGUACAGUACAAAUUGAUAAAUCGUAGUGACUGUAAUUUGUUUGCAAAGUGAUUCAAUGCCCUACAAUUAAAGUUGGAUUGCUAUUUAGGAAUACAUUGUGUUAGUGUAGUUUUUGAACAGACAGUUCUCAUCAUAAAUGAAGGAUAAAAACACACAAUUUGUUGACUUUUAAUUUUAGAUUUGACUUGAAUAACAAAGUCAUUGGGAGAAUAAGUAUAUAUCCUGAUGAAUUUCUUCUUGGUUUGUUUUGCUUUGCAUUGGCUGGGGAAAGGAAAAGAAGUCAGGGCUUUAACACUAAAUUGCAGGGCAAGGUGGGAGAUUCUACUGAGGCUCCGAUGGUGCCCCAUGCCUUAACGCAAGAGGUGGGGCCGAUGUCAGAGCCUUGGUCCCAUUAUCUGGCUCCUCCCUGGGUGGCUCUCCCGAGUUCCUUCUCUUGGUCUUUGGCAGGGGCUUCUCCAUUAUGGGGUUUCCCUUGGUUCUGGGGAUUUUGAUCCUUAGCUGAGCUGCAAAACUGGACUUUUGGGAGUGAGAGAUUGUGAUCCUUUCUGGCUGCUUUUGGUAACCUCUCUCCUGGGGUCAUAUUUUAUAGCUUUGAAAUUUUUAAAAAUAUAAUUCCUGGUUCAUUGUAGGUACUUAAUAAGUGUUAAAUAAAUAAAUACAUAGAACAAAUAG